AAUAAUAAUGUAGACAAAGCCAUGUGACCAUGCGGCUCACUAGUCGCUACUCACUAUAAAAUAUGAAAAUAAGUCUUAAUUUUUUAUUUUCAUGAUCCAUUGAGUGAUUUAAGUUUAAAAUAUUUUUACUCAUUUAUAUUAAUCCCAUAGUCCAUCAUCGAUAUUUUAUCAUGCAACAAUAAAACCACAUACUUCAGAUUAUAUAUUAGAUACCUUACAACCUUAUAAAGUGCACUACCUAUAAUGCGUACUACAAAAGUUGCUUACAAAUUAAACUUAUAAUUUAUUUAUAAUAUCUUGUGUUGUAAACACAGUAAAGUAUAUUUUGUGGCUUGUGUUCAAACAAAAUAUGGAAUCCAAGAAUCGAUUGGGCUAUUGCGAGGUGUGCAGUAAUGACUCGGCUAAAUACUGCUGCCCGAGGUGUGAAGUGAAGACUUGUAGUUUAUCAUGUGUUAACAUUCAUAAGAAAGAAUUGGAUUGCGAUGGCAAGAAAUACAAAACUGGUUUUAAAAAAUUAGAAAAAUUUAAUGACGCCGAAAUGAGUCAAGAUUAUAGACUAAUGAAUGAGUUUAUUGAAGCUGUUGGAGAGUUUAAAAUGAAAACCCAACGCAUAUCCAAUUUAUCUGCUGUUUUUCGAAGAUUACGUUAUCAAGCAUACCAACGACAUAUACGUUUACAAAUUUUACCCAAAUCUACUUUGAACAAAAACAAUACCUCUUUUUUUAAUCCUAAAGUAAAUAAAAUCUUUUGGCGUAUAGAUUGGACAUUUCAUGGCACAGAUGUGAAAUACACAAACCAUAAAGUCCCAGAGUAUCAAAAACUGAAUAGUAUUGCUAGAGACUAUUUCACUACAGAGUUUCAUGAUGAUGAAGUAAAAGAAAAAAUGCAGUUUUAUGUUUCAGCUGGAAUUAGAGGUGUAAUAUUGCUAAUGAAAACACCAUAUGGAAAAUAUUAUGAACUUGAUGCUGAAGAUACAAUAUCGUACAGCCUAAGGUAUAAAACAAUAUUGGAAUAUCCAGAAAUAUUAGUUGUUUUGUCUAUUCAUAAAGAUGCAUUUAGUGAUCUCCUUUAUGUUGAGAAUUCAACAUUUAAUAACAAUAAAUCAACAAUUAUGUAACAAUAAAUAAAUGUAUUGUUUUUUUGUAACAACUUGUCAUAUUUUAAUUUAGUAAAAAUAUUUUCAUCUUUAAACUUAAAUUAUGAUGAAGCCCUGCAAUAAAUAAAAGUGCUAUGUAAUGAAUGAACUAAAUGACGUCUUGGAUAAACAGAAAUAACAAAUAAUUUUGAAAUAUCCUCUUAAACCAAAUGAAUUGGAAUGAGUUUAAACUAUGUACUUAUUUAUUCAUUAAUCAACUUGAAAUGUGAACUCAUAUUUUUAAGUAACAUAAAAUUAAUCAAAAUAUGUCUUUCGUCAAAAUAUUAAAUAACAUUUUACAAAUUAUUUUUUUUAUUACAUUCAAGGAAGUACUAUUAAUAUUUUUUUGUCUAAUAAAAAAUUUGUAUAAACUAUUUUAUUGAAGAAUCUUUUUUGAUGUCCACUAAAUUAUUGAAUUGUAUUAUAUUUUUGAUAUUUGUAUAACAUUAUUAUUGAAAUUUAAUAUUAUACUUACAAAAACAAUUAUUUUGGGUUCAUAUUUUAUGCAAGAUAUAAUGUGUUAUGUACCUAUAAAGUAAUAAAACAAAAUUGUGUUUAUUUGUCUUUA